AUGGGGUCUCUGCGCCUGUGGGGGCUUGAGCUUCCAACCGAAAAAGGGGGCGGGGAUGGCUGGCGCGUGCGCGCGAGGCGCCAGGCUCAGCCAGGAGCAAGCUCCCAGCCCCGUAGCCCGUCAGAUCGCGCAAGAGCGCGGCCAGAGCGGCGGCAACCGUUUUGCCGGCCGGCUGCGACAGGGAAUCCUGAAGUGAGAGAUACGCACGUACUGAGAACGAUGGCUGAUCCUUUACGCCGGACUCUCUUCGCCAAACUGAGGGGCAAGAAGUCCAAGAAGUCGGCGGGCGUCGGGACGAGGAGCCAGGAAGGUAAAGCGAAGCUUCCCGAAGAGCGGCAGCAGCAGCAGCAGCUACAACAAGAGGCCGGGCCCGGGGUAGUGGUGGUUGGCGGUGCGAAAGUUUUAGCGGGGUCGGGGAACAACGGAGGAGAACAGGAGCAGCAACAGGAGGAGGAGGAGGAUGAUGAAGAAGAGGAAGAGGAGACCAUCAGGAGGAACCGGUGCCCCGCUACCGCCAGCGACCGGGGGUGGCAGAGCCCGGUGCGAGCGGACGAGCCCUGGCUCGAAGCCGCGGGGUGUCAGCCGGACAGCGGCGGGGGGCGAGUGGCGGCGGUGGGGGGAGGGGGACAGGUCUCCCCUCUCCCCCCCUCUGCCCCCCUCCUGUCCCCCGGCCGCAGGCAGUCCGUGCACUCGCUGGACAGCCAGGAGGACGAUUACUACGACAACCCGUGCCUGCGGGGCUGCGAGCGGCCCCCGCCGGGAGGCCCGCCGCUGCUGCCCGCUGCCCUCUCCCACAACUGUGACUGCAGCAGGCACAGGAAGCACAGCCUCGACAGUGCCCAGGAGAAGGAGAGGCUCAGGACCCAGUUGCACGAAGCCUAUUACCUGCUGAUCCAUGCCAUGCAUGACAUGCCGGUGGAGAACCUUGCCCGCCAUAGACUGGGUGAUGUGAGCUGCCAGUCGCAGGAUAGUGUCUGCACCCAGUCGUCAGUCAGGGCUCUAGACAGUGAUGCUUGGUCCUCUGAUGAGAUUAGCCUGCAGCAACAGGUAUCCGAUGCGGAUUCUCUGUCAGGUAAACGCAGCGGGUCCCCCAGGAAAGAAUUUGCCAGCAAAAGCAUUGCCAACCUAGUCAGUGGGGUAGUUAGACCGCCCUUGCCACGAUCAGUAAGUGAUGGGGUUAUUAAUUAUGCUCAUGUGUCCUGUCUCGCUGACUCUGGUGUGGAACGCGAACAGUCAGAACACGGUAUGCUGAAUCCUGCCUUCAGCAGCCUUGGAAACGCGGGCCAGGCUUCCUGCAAUGCUGGGAGCUUCGGUCCCAGCUCCUCGCCCUGUGCCCUUCAUGCUUCAGUGUGUGCACAGGGUGCAGUCCAGCCUUAUGAAGGUAGCCCGAUAUUGUUCAGUGACUCUAGCUGUGAAGUGAAUAAGUUUAGAGAUUCCAGUGACAUGGUCUGUGGAUCAUGUGACAAGCAAGAUGAUAGCCAGGGAUGCUCUUUAAAGCCACCUGCGGUGACAGUCAACAAAAUGCAAGAAUGGAUGCACAGAGGACGCAUGCUGUCCUUGGAGAUGAAAGAGCGUAUUAGUGGGUCUGUCAGAGUCAGUAUGCCAUCUGGUUCACUGUCAGGGCAGGCAACCAACAAAGAAGUAGAAGUACAGAAGACCAGCUUCCCUGCUUCUGUAAGAGUACAAGGAAACAAACCAGCGCCGUUCCCUACCAGCCAGAGUCUCUUGCUGACAGACUUCACUGAAAGUAUUCAUGCUCCUUCCAUUAUCAAGACAGAAUUGAAAGUUACUGAUGCUACUGAACUCAACAAUCACAGGCCACACAUAAACAACAUUACGGUGUCCAAAAAACGAAACUGGCUGCAACAGUGCACUGUCAACCCUCACUCAAGUGAAGAAACUAAUCCUUCUGUAACAGUAGAGCUAACAAAUCAUGCAAGUAGUCCAAGUCCCUUACAUGAAAGCAAGCAGCAGCCUGCAAUUCUGCCAAGAGAACAUAUCCGACAAAAUGAUCCAAAGCAUGUUGAAGAGAACACUCUGAAUCAUAAUGAAGAAAAUGAUGCAGAUGAUGAAGGGGAAAUAUGGUACAAUCCUAUUCCAGAAGAUGAAGAAGUUGAUCUAUCACAUAUGAAACUUCCAGUUGCCCUUAAGAUUUCUGUGGCUAAAAUUGAUAACCCAAUCAGUAGCUUGCAGAUGAAGCAAUGUUUAUUACCUGCUGGUGAUUUGAUUCAGGGACCAAUUAUCUUGGGGACCUCUGAAAAUUGUUCUGAAAAUGUGCAGGAAUACCAGGUAGUUCCAGUGAAUGAUGUGAAUCAGAGAAAUUCUGUGAAUUCUACAAAUUCCACAAACAGUGGGCAGCUGCAUAGGCAGAUAUGUGUGUGCAAGUUUAAGAGUGGGGUGAAUAUGGAGGAGAUCUGUGUCCACAGGCCUUCAGCUUCAGUAGCUGCCACUGAUCCUUCCAAUGGUCCUGUCUGUGCAGUUGCAGUAGUAGCGACAGCAGCAACAACGACUGAGCUUUCUCCACCAUCCAGCCCUAACCCUUUGAAAAAGGGAACUGCAAUUAAUUGGCCCUUUCCCGAAAAGAUAAAAUCUCCAAGGACUGUGAGGAAGCUUUCGAUGAAAAUGAAAAAACUUCCUGAACUCAGCAGAAAAUUGAGUGUUAAAGGGACUUCAAGCCAUAACUGUAACGAUAAUCAUAAUUCAUCACCCAAAGGCAACCAUGGUUCCUCGUUAUCUCCUGGGAUUGCAACUAAUGCUGCUAGUAGGAAUGUCAUCAGCCGUUACCACCUGGAUACAAGUGUAGUAUCUCAGAACUACAAAAAGAAAAGUUCAGGAAACUGCAAAUCAGCUAGCAAGGGUGGCUACCUUAGUGAUGGCGAUUCACCAGAACUUGUAGCUAAAUCGGGUAAGCACUCCUGCGAAAACAGACCUGUGAAGGGGAGCAUUGCUUCAACCUCUCAAAAAACACACAGUACAGACAUUGAUAUUGAUGCUUUCAGGCAUUACAGCUUUGUGGAUCAGCCUAAGUGUUCUCAAUAUAUUUCAGGACUAAUGAGUGUACAUUUUUAUGGUGCUGAGGAUUUAAAGCCACCAAGAAUUGAUUCUAGAGAUGUAUUCUGUGCCAUUCAAGUAGAUUCAGUCAACAAAGCCAGGACAGCGUUAUUGACGUGCAGAACCACAUUUUUGGAUAUGGACCACACAUUUAAUAUUGAGCUAGAGAACGCACAACAUCUCAAACUUGUAGUUUUCAGCUGGGAGCCAACGCCGCGUCGGAACCGUGUUUGCUGCCAUGGUACCGUUGUGCUCCCCACGCUCUUCAGGGUCUCCAAGAUGCAUCAAUUAGCGGUCAAACUUGAACCCAGAGGGCUCAUUUAUGUGAAAUUGACUCUGAUGGAGCAGUGGGAGAACUCGUUGGACAGCCCAGAUGGAGAGCGGGAGCCAGUGAUGUUUGGUGUUGAGGCACGGAAAAUAGUUGAGAAGGAAAAUAUGGGCUUGAGGGUGCCAUUGUUGAUGCAGAAAUGUAUUGUGGAAAUAGAAAAGCGAGGCUGUCAGAUAUUGUGUACAGGUGUCCUCAAGGAUUAUCUGAGGGAACUGCCAUCUCCUUUAAUAACAAAGCAACUGUAUGAAGCAGUUCUCGAUGCCAUGGUUAAGCAGCCCCUCAAGAUUACGUCUUCUGGUUGCGAGAAUGAUCACGGUGACUCUGAAUACACAGUUGGUCUCUUAGACUGCCUGCCUGAGGUGGAGAAGGCAACCCUGAAGAUGCUGCUAGAUCACCUGAAACUUGUAGCUUCAUACCAUGAGGUAAAUAAGAUGACCUGCCAGAACUUGGCUGUAUGUUUUGGGCCUGUACUUUUAAGUCAGCAUCAGGAGACUUCCAACCAUAGCCAUAGGGUUUUUACAGACUCUGAGGAAUUGGCCAGUGCGCUGGACUUCAAGAAACAUAUAGAAGUGUUACAUUAUCUACUUCAGCUUUGGCCAGUGCAAAAUGAGGGGACUAAGGAUCAUAUAGAAAGCAGCGGAUCUCCUGAACUGGAGCCAAUUAAUUGUGUGAGGAGGAGGAGGCAACGACCUGCAGUGCUAAACUUGGCAAAUGCUGAGAUGACUGGGGUACUACGACCCAGACAGGUCAGACUUGACAGUCCUAGUAACCGCUAUGCUGGAGACUGGAGCAGCUGUGGUGAAAGUUACCUUCUUAGAGCAAAGGAUGAUAACAUAGAGGCAGACUAUGAUGAUGUUCCUUCAGAAGAUACUGGAAGUGAAGAGGAAAAUACAGCAGCAGACAGGACCAGUUGUAUGAUGGAACUGCAUGCAGAGCCCAAAUCCAAAGAGCAGACAUAUGAGGCCUAUGUAAGGAUGCAGAAGAUUAAUCCAGCACUGGAACAUAGGGUGAACCUAAAAGAUCUUCAGGAAAGUAUUGACACACUAAUUGGAAAUUUAGAACGCGAACUCAGCAAAAACAAACUGAAUGCCACAUGCUGAAAUAAUGUGUUUCAUUCUGGGAUAGAAGAAUAGCAUUACAGACCCAACAGUUGUAUUACUGUUUUAUGAUGGUAGCACACUUCUAGAUAAAGAAGUAACAUGGACCAUCUUGGGUUACCUGGCUCAUUCAGGCAUUCCAGGACAUUUGUAUGUAAACAUUUUUCUUCUUAUUGGAAGAAUCCAGCGAAUUGACCCUAGGGGUAUGUGGUGCCUUAGAGGCAUUUUUUAAAAAAUGUUCUGUAGACUGAGCAUUGUGUUCCGGUAGGAAUGUUAACUGAUGCACUUAUAAAGCAGGCUUUUAAUAAGGACUUUUGAAGGAGAUUAGCCAUUGCCACUCAGCAGACACUCUGGGGACUGAAUCCUGAGUCAUCUUUAAGAAGCAAAAGUGUUUAAUUCCGAUCAUUCUCAUUCUUGAGGAUGGUUGCUGCUUGGCAGAUGUUUCUGCAAGGUGACAGUAUUUUUAUUUCAACUAAAAAAAAUACCAGUUAGUGAUUCACUGGUCACCUUUCAUUUGCAAUGUAAUACCAAGCUGCUAUGAAGAGACCAUUUCCACAAAAAACCCUGCACGUUUUUUGGGUGAUGAGAAAUAUUGUAAACUCUUUCCUUUCUUGAAUAUUAACAUUUCUCUGUAACUGUAUUUAAACUCAAAUCAAAACAAAUGGUAUAUUUUUCUAACCCAGUAUAUUUUUGAUAAAGUGUGGACACAUCAUUUAUAGUGACGCACCUACUAGAAGGCCAAAUACUGUUCGAUGUACUGCCUGGGAAAUGUAGCAUAUAUAAAUAUAUAAAGUGCACGACGAUGAGAGCUGUGAGGAAGUUUUCUUAACAUAAUGUGGCUGAUCAUUUGCAAUAUCUGCUGUGGUAUUAUGUUUUUGUCAUGUCAGUAUUGAUAACGAAGAUUAUUAACAUAGCAUUGAAACGGGUGUUUUAUAUUCAAUUGGUCUGUAUCUUUACACAGAUAGGAAAUGUGAAUGAAUAAUGACUCUUGGUUAGAACUGUCAGCCUGUUUUUGGAGAGAGUGAUUUGUGUAUAGUGUUGGUACAUUUUACAUUCAUUUUUAUCUAUUUCCAGUCAUCUUUCUGUAAUGUUAACUGAAUUUCAGUUUUAAUGACAGUCAUAUGGGAAUCUACAAAAAGAUUACAAUAAAAAUGUUGGUGUUCAAAUUUUAACAAUAUUACAAUGGCACGUGAAAAGCAAAAUUUGAAAUCUCUUCAGACCAAAUACACUCUACAUUUGUAAAAAGUAUUUUCCAUUAAAAUCUUUUUGCAAGUUAAUCAUUUGUUGUAAUCUAAUCUAUGUAGAAAGCUGAGUCAUAGGACCAGAACAUCCAAAGAAUAUCUGAUUAAAUGGAAAUCCUUGUGUUGUCCUCUCAAAGACAUUCAGGAUGGUCUCCUAAUCUUCAAUCCAGAGACAAAUAAAUGGCAAGGAGAAUCAUGUCUCAAUUUUUAACCUGGUGGAUACUUAAAACACUAAAGGAUUGCCGGUGUGGAUGAUAUCCAUUCAGAAACUCAAUAGUUGCCUGAGAUAGGGUUAGAUUUAGAGUUACCUAACCUUAACUCUUCCCAGUCCCCUCAACUACCACAAUUUUGAACUGUUUCUAACUGAUGCCAGGGUUUUUGCUUAUGCCGAUGCACAUAAGUCCAUUCAACAUUUAAAUGUUUCUAUUAGAUUCUUUUUCUCCUGUUAUCAGUUCUUAAUCUGACAUUAGUAAUUUAUGCCUUUGGCCCCACAAUUUAAUUCAAAGUAGCAUUUUGGAAAUGCCAGAGGUGGUAUUCCUGACUAUAUAUCUGACUGCUAUUCACUGGAUACAACUGCUGGAGUUUUAUACCCUGGCUGUUCAGCAAUUUGCCUCAUUCAUUUUACUAGAAUUAGAGUCUCAUUGUAAUGACUGAUGAAGUGGUUGUCAGCUCAUCCAGAUGGGUUUUCCAUUUACAUAUUAAAUAUGAAACAGAUGUACAGGGUUGCUGCUUGAGUAUACUUCCUCUUCCACACUACACCUGAGGAAGGAGCAGAGCUCCGAAAGCUAGCGUUUUCAAAUAAACCUGUUAGACUAUAACCUGGUGUCGUGUGAUUUUUGACCUUGAAAAGUAAUGCAAAAAUAGUCAUGUCUCGUGUGUUUAGGUGAAUGGAUAUUCAUAUCACCUGCCCCUCCCCACUUCUUCCCCAACAUUUUUGUUGGCUCAAAAUCUUUGUAAUCUAUUACUGCCACAUUCUGACAUUAGACUCACUGGUAAAGACUUCUUGAGUCCAACUCAAAUAGUCCUGAUGUAGAAGCAUCUCCAUUUCAGCAGCAUUGUAAUGGGGUAAGAUGUUGAUCUGAUCAUUGCUUUGUCUUAGGCUUUGUUUCAAUUCUUUCCCUUAGGAUUAAGCAAGUUGUGCCUUUUGGCAAAAGUUGAGAUGGCUUUUGUGGCUCGCAGUUUUUAGAGUUGUUUCUGUGUUACUCACCUUUAAUUGGUCUAGCCCCUUUAAGUUUAAAAGGACGCACAUAUUCUUUAUAAAGUGGCUUUUGACUUCACAAUCUAUUAAUAUUUAACCAGAAUUAUGCAAAUAAGAUGACCAAAUCAAAUUGAGUGCAAACAGCACACUUGUAUUUGAAUUGGUCAAGGGUACCAACAGCCAUUCUGGCAUUGCCAAGGUUUUCUUUUGUAGCUUAACAUCUGGAAUAAAUAUUUAUCAUUGCCUUGAAAUUUCUAGUUCCAUAAUGUGGUAUGUGAAAAAUGAUUUAAUGUGAAGAAUAAGAAAUGCAAAACUAAAAAUUAAGUAUUAUGCAUGUAAGAGGUUAUGUUUGGUAGAUUAUGCAAGAACUGUUUGACACUAGUACUUUUAUUUUUAAACAUUUUGACAUUAAAUAUUUUUCUGAAAAAUUGAAUGUAACAUAUAUUGAAAAUAUUAAUUUUUGUCAUAACAGCAUGAACUGAAAAAAAUUUGCCAGUGCAUUAAUGUCGCAGGUGUGCGCAUCUUUUAAAAUAACCUAUUAAUGUGUAUUCGGUGUAUAAUAUGAAUGAAUUGGAUUCUUGUGGUUUUAAUUAACAUUCCUCACAGCUUAAAGACCCUUUGUAAAAAGUUUUUCAAGCUCUAAUUUAUCUGUUGAAAAUUUUGUUCUUGUGUUUUAGUAGUCCCGUAUGCAUUAUCUGUUACACAAAAAUAUACUUACCUUGAUCAUGAUAAAGCAUCACUAAGUAUGUAAAUACGACUUUAUGCUGAUCUUUUGAGUACUG